CGGCGCUGUUGCAUACGCGGCAAAAUCGUUGUGGCGACAUAAAACGAGUACAAGCAGGCCGAUUUCGUGCGAAUAAAAAAUACGUCGGAUAAGCAUAUAUAAUUGAAAAAACGAAAACGAACAAAACAAAAAAAGAAAAAGAAAAACGCACCAAAUACGACCGUGACGCGAAUGUGAGGAAGCAGCAGUAGCAAAAAAAAAAAAACAUAUGGACACACGAUACGAGCACUUCGCGUAUUCGCCUGUUCGUUCAACCAAGAAUAGUCGUACAAUUGUACUGCUUUCGAAACGUUUAACCUAAUUAAUUGUAGUUAGAUAAUAUCUCUCAUUAAUGUGUAAUUUACGCGCGGAUGGCCAGCGACAUACAUGCAUACUAAAUGCCACGGCAUGGCAGCAUAUUUAGUUUCAAAUUAUAAAUGUUGAUGCUGGCGAGUACAAGGCGUUACUUGAGUGCGCGCAACGGGCGAAUCCACAGUGCAGAACGGAAAUUCUGGUGAAGUAGGCCAAAUAAAUAUAAAUAUACAACUUGUAUGUGUAUAUGCAAAUAUGUGUGUGUGUGCCUAUGCAAAUACGGGAAUGUUUUGCCAAGAAUGAAAGCAGAAAAAUAUUAAAAGAAAAUAAGAAUAAAAUAUAACUAACAGUGAAAAUGUAUUUACGCGCGGGCAAUACGGCCUUGAGCACUUAAAAUAUACAAAUAAUAUAUAUAUGUAUAUAUACAUAUAUUAAUACCAAUGUUGGUACAUGCAUGUAAUUGUAAAUAAACAGUUAUAAUCUCAAUGAAGGUAAUGCAUCUAUGGAAACGCGCAACACACGUGACAAAUUUACGGCAAAUUGCUGAUUACGAAGGUGAGCACAAGCAAACAUAUAAAAUGACAGUUCGGAGAACUGUGCAAAAAUAAGGAAGGAAACAAAAACGGAACAACAAAAAAAAAAAGAAGACGAAGGGAAAUGCAAUGAGAUAAGAGGAGCAACAACGCUCCAGCGUGGCAAUAAAACAGCGAGUCACUUUAGACCACCAACAACACAAACCCAGAAGACAAAGCGCACGUAGUUCUUAAGCUGAGCAGUCAAGCUAGUAAGCAGCAGUCAGUGAGCCGCCAACCAGCAGCCAAGCCAGCUGUUAGUCAAGGCACUCAGCCACUUGGUUGGUGUGUCAGUUGGUGAGCGAAAGUCAUCAGUCAGCCAGCCGGAAGAGUCAGUCAGUCGUCAAAAUAAUAGUCAGCCGACACGUCAGAAGCGCUUCAAAAGAUAUUGCAUGUGAAGAAUAACGCCGGUUGGCUCCGUUUAACAGACGACGUUGGCCGACGUGUGUCGAGUGUAUAGCGAGCGUGUGAGCUUGCAGCGUCUUUCGCUCGGUCCGAAAAUAUCCAACAUACAAGGCAAUGAACUUGCUGAAGCAGCUACUUGACGGCUGUUACGUGUUGUGUGGCUUCAGUUUUUUGAUUUUCCUAUAUUUACCACUCAUGCUGGCGAUGCCGGAACAAACGCGUCUGGCGAAUGAUUUCGAUUAUCGGUUGCAGCGUGCGAAACAUGUGUUGCGCGAGUCGCCGCUCAUUGAUGGACACAACGAUUUGGCAUGGAAUAUACGGAAAUUUUUGAAAAAUCGUCUGCAAGAUUUCCCAUUUGCCGGCGAUUUGCGUGAGGUGUUGCCAUGGUCGGCGAGCGCUUGGAGUCACACCGAUUUGCCGCGAUUGAAAGAGGGCAUGGUGUCGGCACAGUUUUGGUCCGCAUAUGUACCGUGCUCGUCCCAGCAUAUGGACGCCGUGCAGUUGACGCUGGAGCAAAUAGACUUAAUACGACGUCUGGUGAAUUUGUAUCCAAAUCAAAUGACUUUCGUCACAGAUGCUUCAGGAAUUGAAGAGGUGCACAAAAGUGGAAAAAUUGCCAGCCUGAUUGGGGUGGAGGGUGGCCAUUCGAUUGGCACCAGCCUCAGCGUUUUACGUAUGUUCUAUCAGCUUGGCGCGCGCUAUUUGACACUGACGCACACCUGCAAUACGCCAUGGGCGGAUUGCUGUAAGGUUGACGAGCCGGGAAAAUAUCCACAUAUUGGAGGACUCUCCAAAUUCGGCAAGUUGGUGGUGCAUGAAAUGAAUCGACUGGGCAUGAUUGUCGACCUGUCGCACGUCUCGGUGCCCACAAUGUUGGACGCGUUGAGCACCUCGAAGGCGCCUGUGAUAUUCUCGCAUUCCUCCGCGCAUGCCAUAUGCAACAGUUCGCGCAAUGUGCCAGAUCAUGUCCUGCAGAAAAUUGCAGUCAACGGCGGUCUGGUGAUGGUCGCAUUCUAUCCACAUUUUCUUAGCUGCUCGAGUCAGGCGACACUCGAGGAUGUUAUUGUGCACAUAAAUCACAUAAGAGAAGUUGCCGGUGUGGAUCACGUCGGCAUUGGUGCGGGUUACGAUGGUGUUAAUCUCGUACCCAAAGGACUGGAGGACGUUUCGAAAUAUCCACAUCUUUUUGCCGCGCUGCUUGAGUCCGAUAAGUGGACCGAGGCGGAUAUAGCGAAAGUGGCGGGGAAGAACUUAAUACGCGUAUUCAAAGAAGUCGAAGCGGUACGCGAUCGCAUGGAGCAGAAAAAAGUUCCGCCUGUCGAUCAAACGAUACCACCCGAGGAUAUAAUGGGAAGAUCAUACUGCCGUUAUCAAGGACCACGAACGUGAUUACCUUCCUAAGAGAAUGCGUUAGAGAGCCAAGGCCAUACGUAGUUGAAGAAUGGGAGAGUGAGGAGGAGAGAAUGCUAGAGUGUGGGAGAAUGGAAGAGAGCAUAACGCGCCACAACAAGACCACUUAAACAAGUAAUGACUAAUUAAGUUAACCGCAUGUGUUGGCAACAAAUUGUAAAACCAAACGAGUUUCAUAAAUUCGAUGUACUCGUAUUUCUUUCGCUGCGCACACAAACUUACAAAACCAACAAAAACACUAAAUAAAAAAAUUUAAAUAAAAAAUUGUACGAAUGUUGAAUUACGAAUUAAAUAUCUACGAAGUAUUAAUACGUUUACGAGUAAAAAUAUAAAUAGCAGUAAACUACACAAAAAGCAAAAACGAAAACUAAUAACGGUGAGCACAAAUUACAAAUUGUAGUUCUAAAAUAAGCGUGUAAGUAUACUCGUAUGUUUGUAUAUAAAAAAAAAU